GUGUGAGUACGUCAAGGCAGUUGCAUAAAUUAUGUCUAGAGUUUUGUUCUGAAAUCUUGUUGUGUUUAUUACAUGGAAAUGGUGUAAUCUUUUUAAUUUUGCUUGAUAAAAAAGGUUUUUGGUGCCUGGGGCACGUAUCAUAAAAGUAUGCCUUAAUGGCACUCAUUCAGUCGUGCCAUGACGUCCAGGUUGGCUGUGGCCUUUCUCACUGCUCUUUGUCAGACAGGUUUGUGGAGAACAGCAGCAGACUGCUGGCCUCAGCAUUUUCCGCCUGUAUUGAUCUCCCCACAUUAGCUCUCUCUUCAUGCACAGACAUGAGCACAAUUGCUUCCCUUACAACAUUGGCUGCCGUGGCAACUGAGUCCUGAUCGUGAGAUUCGCUCCCAGAAAACAUCUCAAACCAGAACCUCUUCAUUUUGAUGCCGCUAUCAUCUCCUUUACAUUCCCCCGUACAAAUAUGACACAUCAACGGCUUGAUUUGCCACUUAAAGCUAUCUCCAUAUGUCUUUGUGUAUUUUUGAAUAGGCUAAGUGCUUAACAGGAUAAAAGAGCAGUUUGAAAGGGGGGGAAAUGUGCCUUGGCACCUGCUGUUAGUGCCUGCCUGUUUGCACAUGAAUAUGAUGAGGCUGGCGGUGCGCUGGGCUAUUUUAACUUGCAGAUGAGCCAUCAGGUCAGUACCAUUGCAGCUUUGGUGUAUUUUCAAGGAUGAGUUGCAGUCAACAGGCCAGUCCGGCUUAUUAGCUCCCUCUCCCCGCUCCUCUCUUUGCACACUAGCGUCCCAUUAUUCAUCGCAUUCCCAGCCGCCUCUCUUUGAUGCCUUUUCAUAAGAGCAAUGAUAACUGCGAUCAUUGCAACAGCAGUGGUAAUUGACCAGCUGCAAUCAUGGUAAAACACUUCCUGUGUUUGGCUUGAUGCAAGGCAGCUCUCUCAUCCGUCCACCCCGCCUCUGUUGAUAUUCAAAUGAUGGGUCUUCUGGAGGAACUACUCAAAAGAGGAUAAGCGCUCUCUGGCACCCAAGGGCCCAGCUGAGAGGUCAGGACUGUGGAGAUGGACUAAGACCUCUUUGAUUUAAUGGGUCCAAUCAUUGGGAUGUCACCAGAUAAGAAAACGGAAAUUCCGGGUAUGCAAGAGGAGCGGACGGGGCUCAGAGGUGUUUGUGGAGUAGGAACACUGCCUGAGGCGGAGUGUGCGUCCAGUCCGCUGGCAACCAGCGUGGAUCGCACUGGAGGUACAGAAGAUGAGGAGCUCACCAACCUCAACUGGCUCCACGAGAACCUGCUUCAGAACUUCACCUUGGGGGGUCCUGAAGCUCAGCCCAGUGGCAGCCCCCUUUUCGACAUAGAGGGAGACUACGGGCCCGGCCAGGGCCCCUCAUCCUCCUCCUCAUCCUCGUCGCACAGCAGAGGCAGGGAGCGGGACUCGUUGAAGUCUAAGCCCCCUUUCUCAUUUUCUCUGCUCAUCUACAUGGCCAUUGAGCAGUCUCCCAGCAAGUCUUUGCCUGUUAAAGAAAUCUAUGGCUGGAUUCUUGAGCACUUCCCUUAUUUCUCCAAUGCUCCCACUGGAUGGAAGAACUCAGUUCGUCACAACUUGUCCCUGAACAAAUGCUUCCGCAAGGUUGAAAGGAGUUUGGGAAAGGCCAAUGGAAAAGGUUCUCUGUGGUGUGUGGACCCCGAAUACCGCCCCAACCUGAUCCAAGCCCUUAAGAAGCAGCACUUCCCUGCCGCACAUGCCUUCUGCACACCACCCGCCUCCCCACCCAGUGCCUCCUCACCCCCUCGCCAUCUCUUUCUACAAGAGUGCUCAUUCAAAGAGUCUGACAUUGAUGCUGCCACUACCAUGAUGCUCUUAAACUCUGCCCCCGGGCACCACGUUGACCCAUGCAAUUCUGACAGCCCACUGGACCUCUCCAGACCUGACUCCGUUCUGGUGAGCAGUGAUCCAAAGCAGGACCACAAUUACAGCAGCGUAGCUCUACAACGCUGCUCUUCCCGCUCGUCCUCCUCGUCUCUUUCCUCCCUGGACGAAGGAGGCUGCGACCGCAGGCAGUCCCGCCGUGCCGGCAGCGAGGGCUUCCACAGCGACGAGGACUCCGACCUCUGGGACGAAAGGGGCGUCCACCAGACUUCUAGACGUCCACCCGCCAUCAAGUGGCCCGCAGGCAAGAGGGCGCGACGUGAGGUCAAGCCAGAGUUGGAUGAGGAGCUGAAGGAAGCCGCUGGCUCCUUGCUGCACCUUGCUGGUAUACGCAGCUGCACGGAGGGCUCCAAACGUACUGUCAAGAGCACAAAACUUAACAGGAAAUGAAGAUUUUUUUUUUUUUUUGUCCCCCAUCAGACUCCGGACCCUGUGAACCCUAACCUCUGACCCCUGAUCGUCUGUCCCAGUGUGCCUCCUUCUCCUUAUCUGAUCGUUCAUUGGCCAUUUUGAGCCUUUUCUUUUUGUUUGGGAAUAUCCCUGUCCAACAACACAAAUGGCAAUAGUAUCGUUCACACAGGAGAACAAAGCCAUAUAGAGACUUUUGUAACUCGGGGGUAACUGCUGGGGGUGGGUGUUUGGGCUAUGGAGAACCAUUAAGAUACCUAUCCAAAAUGACCUGCCUGCUUCUGUUGGAUUGGGAGAUUAUGAUUCAAGAAUUUUUUUUUUUUUUUCUCUGAAAGACAAAAUGGGAAAAGCUGAAGGUUUUAUAACUCAAAGCGUUGCAUGCUUCCUCCUCAAACCUGUAUCCUCUUCCAAGUGAAUCUAUUUAUGAAGCGAAUGAGUGCAUGUUUGUAACAGACAAAAUCUAACCUCCUGGUGUUAUCAGUUCUCCUUUUUGUGCUAAAGAAGAAAAUGCCACUGUUUUGAAAGGAAUUCUUGCUCCAUUAAUCCUCUUGUAAGAGAGAUGCAAUAAUUAAUCCACAACCUUUAGACAUUUAUUUCAUGGUGGCGUUUUUCAGAGUUGAGUAUGCUAGUUAAACUUUACAAUUAAGAGAAUGAAUGGAGUAGUAUUAUGAUCUUGUUUUGCGAUAAACUUAUUACACACGAGCUCUGACUCUAUUUCAGGAUUAGCAAGAUGUGGAAAUAGUAUUACUCUGCCACUGCCAAAUUUAGUUGCAAAGUUAGCUAUACUACUUUGCUCACAUCUGUAUGGCCAUUACUGUGCCAUAUGAAUGAAAGCUGUUUUCAUUACUUUUCUUUUUUCUUUUUUUAAUCCACUGCUCAUCCUGUCAGUCCCCUUCAUUCAUCAGUGUGUUUUUUGACAUUUAUUGUGCAGAUACAGAACAUAUAUUCACAUGUUUGAUGACGGCCUAUGCAAAGUGAACAUCUGCCAUGUAUUGCCAGAUGUUCACUGUGUGUUCAUAGGUAAUCCUCCAUAGAUUUUUAUUUUAUUUUUGUGGGGGUGUGUGUGUGUGCGUGUGUGUGCGUGCGCGCGCGCGUGUGUGUGUGUGUGUGUGUGUGUAUCAUAGUGCAUGUCGACUUCAGCCUGAACCUGAGAUGACGGUCACGACAAAAAAAAAAAAAAAAGACUUUGAAAUGGUGAGACUACUUUCUUCUGCUGACAAAGUAGUCAUUCUACUCUUGAAUACGAUUGGUGUACUGACAGAUCUCCUCGCUACAGCUGUUAGUGUUGGGCUGCUUUGUAAUCUGCUUGCUUCUGGUCCUUUUGAAUGCAGAGCUGGUUAAUGGUCAGAAGCAGGAGUGGACAGUUAAUUACAACAGCUUCUUGCUCCAUUAUUUGGGUUUUCAGUUUGAUUAUACCUCUGUGUGUUCUCCUUGAUUUUAAAAGUCUUUUGUUUUUUUGUUUUUUUUAAGUUUUAGCUAAUUUCCUGCUGGCUGAUCCUGUGGCCUAGUUCACUAACAAUUUGAGGGAAGGUGUGUCUGUUUUGGUUCAAAUAAAUGAAAGAUCCAGAGCUUAGAGCAUAUUCAAGUGCAAAGAAGGAGAAGGGAACAAGACAGUAAUGGCCAGAGAGAAGUGAACUUUGUAUGUGUAAGCGCUCACAGGCGAGAUGGUGAAGACCUGUGCUGCCGCUCAUAUGUCGUGCCCUCGGUUCUGGCUGGCCACUGGUGUUUUUUGUUCUUCCUUCUAGAACAAAAUCAGGAAGUGCACGAUCUCUUCUCAAGCUGUGAAAUGGAGUGUUUAUUGCCAGUUGAUUGCAUGCAGUUCACUGAGGGGAAGUUGCGAGCCACUUGUGUAAAAAGGCCAAUAUUCUCAUUUGAACUUUUAAAAAGGCUGCACACUCGCAGCGCACAAUACAACGUAGCAUGGAACCGCACAAGGCUAACAAACUGAAAAUGAUAUAAUUUCUUCCCACUGUACUAGAUCACAUUGUGUCACAGUGACUGUUAGUAUAGCACGCAUGCUCAGUGCCAAACAUUUUCUUGUGCCACUGAUGUAAAACUGCAAAGGGCCAUAGUCACUAUAUUCCCCUGCUGCCACAAUGUAAAUGUGAUUUAGAGCGACAAUGCCCUAGUUUUCUGAAUCAUCCCUAACAGGAAAUGGGAGAGGACUCUGGUCAGUACAGUGACUUAACCAAUCAUUUUGGUCUAUCUUUAGAGCGGGAACUGUUCUUACCAGAGUAAGCUUCAGUUCUCAGAAGUAAUACUUGCAUACACUGGUCUUGUUUAGCUGUGAAAAAAAAGAACAAAUUAUUGUUCAUUAAUCAUCAUCUUAUUUAUGACAUUAAUUUAUGGGAUUAUUGAAUGCAUACUCUAUCAAACACUGGUCAUUUGAAAGAAGUGACUGGGCACAUUUAUUUUUCUCCCUCUGUGAACUCCUCUUAAUAAGUAUUUUUGUUUUCCUCCUUGUUUAUUUUACAGCAAUACAUUUUUUUCCUUUCACUAUGUUAUAGUGAUUAAGUAUGCCAAUAUCUAUUGUCUUUAGAGCGGGUGUUUUUUUUUUGUUUUGUUUUGUUUUUUUCAUUUUAACCAUGACUGCCAGGUUUUCUUGAUGUUUUGUUUUGCUUUUUGUUAGAAGACAGUUAUUAACAUUGAUCCUGAAACCUUUUGUUGCCAAAAUUGAUGUACAGCUGGGGUAUAAAAUUUAAGACGGACACAUUCCCCACGUACUGUAGAAGUUCUUUUGAACCUAAUUUAAUUAUUUUUACAUUUGUCACAUGUAUUGUUUAUUUUUAGAUAUUAUGACUAAGUAGUGGCAAAUUGAAGAUUAGCUCUCAAUCUCAUCACGGAUAAGAUUCUUAAAAAAAAAAAAGACUGCCGCUCAUAACUGAAGCUUCCAGGUAUCGUUAUGGGAUGUUGAGAUGUUUUGAAUAUUACUGGAAAACUGGAUCAGACUAAGCCAUUCCCCAGGCUGCUGCUGUUUAGUUUUAGACCUAACAUUUGCGGAGAAAUUAUGGAGAGACUUGUAGAGGAAAAUCUCACUCAUUCUUUCUGUAGCACUUGCAAAAGAAAUGUUAUAUUGGUCUCAAAGUGACACUGAGUCAGCAAGUUGAUUUGUGGACGAGCUACCUAAACAUGUCGGGGUCCCAGGACUUAAAACCCAGUUGCUUCAUCACUUAGCAGCUGUGAUUGAAUACUGAUUAUGUGAUUCUCUAAAUUCUGUUGCAGUUCCUAUGGGUAUGAUGAACAUUGUUGCAUUUGACAAAGCUGCCAACCCAGUAUCAGUUUGUGUCAGUUGUCUGCCAUGUCUCUUAGACCGACACACCUUUUGGUUUUUGUAUGCUAACCUCUGUUGAUAAAAUGUUUAUAAGAUUUAUUUUCGCCAAAGAUAUGCAAUUGCAUUAUAUAUGGUAUUACAAAAUAUUAAUAAAAACCUGUUCUUGUUA